UGCGUUUUUCCUCUGUCCCCAAGGUGAUCGUUUUGGGGGGAGGGGGUUCGACUGCAUUGUUUAUUAAAUGAGUCAACCAGGAGAGGUUUCAGUCAUUGAAGACCUCUAGUUAAUUAUUAGCAGCCACUUAACUGACAACUGAUAUAUAGACAAAAUUUUAACUGACAACUGGCAUUUGCACUCCCCCUCCCAUCCAGACCCUCACUGUAAGCUUUCGUAUUUGCGCCGAGCGAUCGUCUUACAAUUUUCCUCAGUUUCCACUCGUAUGUGGUGGACCAGCCAUUCCAACAAACACAAAGAGUUUGUUUAUGUUUGAGUAUGUUUGUCCACCGAAUUUCUGGAUAUCGAAUCCGACAAAAGAAGUUUAGAAGCCGUAAUUUGAAGACCUGCUAAGUUUCCCUCCAACCCCUCCCAAUUUUUCUGGAAGUAUGUAUAUUCAGCCCCCACCCUGACCCACCUCGAGUGGUAUAAUACCUGCAAACUAACUAGUUCAAAAGUUUAUUGAAAUACAGUAGUGCCAAGAAAGUCAAUUAUCAGUUAGCAGACAUUUGUCUUAGCCUUUCUUCAAUGCUUGGUUCAGUUAGUUUUGAAUGGGAUGAGCGUAAAAAGCAUCCGUGCUAAUUUCCUUUUGCCUUUUAGAAGGAAAAACUGCACAAAGAGUAUCCUAAAAAGAAACGUGGCUUGAAAAUCGUAUUAUCCGACGACUAAAUCCGACGAUGACCGAAAGACCGACAACAGCGUUCAUGACGUGCGAAAGGGAUGAUGGGAGAAUCUAACGUAAUAUCCAAAACAACAACAACCUCAAGAGGAGAAAAUGGCGGACACGCGAGGAGGACGUUCUGCCGACAUUCAUACGUCGAAAACCCCGAUUUUAACUUAUAGAAUACCACGGAAUUUAUAGCAGCAAUGCCCUGGUUCUUCCCUUGGUCGGACUUCAUCAAGAAAAGGGCCUGCAGAUAUCUAUUACAGCAUUAUCUUGGCCAUUUUCUGCACGAAAAGCUGACUUUGGACCAGUUGACUGUCGAUCUGUACAAUGGAACGGGACGAGUGGACAAAGUGCCUCUUGAUGUUUGGUCAGUGAAUGAGAUGUUGGACAAUGCUGGCAUUCCAGUGGAGAUCAUUGAUGGAUUUAUUGGCAGCAUCUCAGUGUCUGUUCCAUGGACAGCUCUUCUCAGCGAAAGCUGUUGUUUGGAUAUCCAAGGUCUUGAAGUUACUAUCACACCAAGACAGCGUGUAGACACAGGAGGAAGCAUGACUGAUUCCAUGAUAUGGAAUGCGAUGACAACAAGCAUGCAACUGGCUCAAGAAUGCUUGAAAGAAGGUCCGUCCAGCGGAGAGGAACAAGCAGAAGCUACCCCGCCCUUUGAAGGUCUAGAAUCCUUUGCUCAAACCAUAGAAUCAGUUUUGGCAAGAGUAAAGCUCUCCUUUACAGACACAGUUAUUAGAUUUGAACAUUUACCAAAAGACACUAUAACAGGAAUCGGACUACAGAUACACAUUAGAAGAAUUGAUUAUUCAGACUUAUCUACUGAACUUGGUGAGAGGGAUAGUCACUACAAAGCUAAGAGUGUUUAUGAACCUGCUGCCUGUGCCUGCAAGAACCUAAAAAUCUUUGGAGUUUCUGUUCACCUGGACGAAUUCCCAGAGGAAUCCAGAACUAUGCCUCAAGCUCCAGAUUUUCCUCAAUCACCCCCACCUUCCCCAGGUAGCGAUUCAUGCUCUCCGCCACUUCACCACUCACACAGUCCUCUUGAGGGGCUUUCAUUAUCAGCUGAACAGUUGCCCACCCACCCCCUCUCAGGAAGUCUCUUACCACCAAUCAAGAUUGCAACAUUCGCUGGCCAUUCUGAAAUCAAACUGAAGCUGAAACAAAAUGUUGCUGUUCCUGGACCUAAGGUGGAUGUUGAAUGCUUUCUUGGAACACUAAAUGUUUUCUUGUCACCUAAACAAGUUCAUCUGCUUGUAGAACUCUGCAGUGGGUUUUCAUCACCAGAUGUUUCUGGCCAAACUACAGGGAAAGGCCACUCUGUUAACAAACCCAUGCAACCAGAAGACUUUCAAAAGAUAGAACAAGACUUACAGAACCAGCUUAUGUCUGCCAGGCAGCAGGACCAGAGACAUCAACAAGGCCAGCAACGGGUAGACUCAUGGAACUUCAACUUUGACUCUACUUAUGGAACAAACGAUGCACUGUCCCACGACUCCUCAGGUGUCGAUUAUUACAGCAUCUUAGGGGAGGAAGGAGAGGAAACCUUCUAUUCCAUGUCGCCUAGCCAUGAUGUGCUUCCUCCCCUUGAGGAACCAGUUUUACCAGCUGACAUGUUUGUAGUAAAAUCCCCAGGAAAUCUGCUGCAGUCACCAGAAUUUUCUGCCUUGGGGACUUUAGCGGGUGUGCAUUCAUCCCCCUACAACUUGAUGAACACUAUAGGCUGUGAUAAGCGAUUUAUGAGCCAGAAAGUUCAGAUACCAGGAACCUCUCUAGCAGAAGCUGCGAAUACUGUGUUUGUCAGUGCAAAGCAAUCCAUGUCAUCAGUUCCUGACAUGAGAACUGAUGCUCCUCAAAGCACGGUUUCUAGACACAGUAUCUCGUCUGCAAAUCCUGGUCUUGCUGGAAUAGCAGCCCUAGAUGAUCCAUGCCCUGAUGUGACAAAAAUAAGUAUCAAGCUCACCAGCUUGGCAAUGACAGUGCUUCACAUUGAUCCAGUGUUGUCGCCAUCAUCAGAGAUACAAGACUUCCACUCCAGUGACAGUCAUCCGUUGUCUCUCAUGGCAGACAAGUUCUUUUCUAGCCUUGGUACAUACGGAUUUGGAGGAAAAGACUUUGAAGGGAUGGCAGAGAAGUUUGCUUUGGCAUGUUGUGCAGAUCAUCUCAGAUGUAUGGCUGCCCCUAUCUCAUUUGAAUUUGAGAGAACAGUCAGCAGUUCACACCAGACUGGAAACAUUGAAUUGUCAAUAGGGAAACUGGAGCUGAAUGAAUAUUUAUUUGAACGAUUAUCAACUUCUUCACCCACUCCAACUCCAUGCUCCGUAACUCAGUUACUGAAAUUAUUUUCACGUGAUAGUCAAGCAGCACCUUAUUUUGGAUUUAAUCCAACCUCUUCCCUUCCUUGCCUCAGACUCAAGCACAGGAACACUCAAAGAACAACUUCUCCUGGGGUUGUUCAAGGUCGCAAUGUAGUGUUACCCAAGUCAGAGUUGUCCGUGGAGCUUGGUGGCUUGCUUUGUGAAAUAGAUGUGUCAAUAGUGGACAGGUUGACUGCACUGUUGGAUCCACAGCCUGUGUUUAUGAACCAUCCGUCAAACAUGCAGUCCCGCAUGUUUAAAUCGUGCACUCCAUCAUUAGUGAAUCAACAGGCUGUGUUUACACAAGCCAUGGAAGACACUCCCACAGUGGAACAGCCUUUUAACAUUCACCUGUCUUGCCCUUCUCUUACUCUGGUCUUAAGAUUUCCCACUCCUGACUUACGGCCCGCUGUGGAUCGGCGUCCCUGGUGGAAACAGUCGUUGAGAAAGGAGUGCGUAAUAUUUGACUUUUCAGCUGUAGAAUUCAACACAUCCCUUACUGGAUCAGACCUUCCGUGCCGUUACGAUUUAGGCUUCAAAGAAUUGCAUGGUUAUUUCCAAGAAGAUACCAGCGGUGAUAAAAUGCCUGUUAUUCAUGUCACGCAUAGUCAAACUGAGAACGAUACAGGAAAUGGUGGCUUCGACUGGCCAAGGAUUGUGAUUACAGUGCAGCCAUCCGCUCCUCUCUCGGCUUUAGAAGAAGUUCCCUCGUCAGAUAACUCGCCCCUCAGUUCCCUGGAUGCCUACCCUGUGAUGAAGGCCGAACCGUCACCUUUCUCCUCUAGACCUGUCAUGUUUGAGACAGAAGAGCUUUUAAUGCCUGGAAGUCAGGAGGAAAUGACCAAAUUUCAAGAAGACACAGUGGCAUCCUCUAAAGUACAUGUCGAAUGCACCUUUCCAAGACUAGAUGUCAACCUGCACACGAAGGAUGUCUUUGAAAAUAUUUAUAACAGGCUGGCCAGUGACCUGUUGCUAUGGCAACCUAUGGCUCCCUCCCCAGCAGAUCGGCCCGACACAGCUGGGUUUAAUAUUGGCACAGGGCUGGACCUAGCCAGUCAGAUGAUGCAGGCACAAGGACCGGAUCGCUUUGUCAUGUGUAGAUCAGGGCUACGCAGCUACGAUGAUGAUGCAUCCUCGUCUGAUGAAGGCAGCAGUAAUUUAACAUCAUUGGACAAUAAGUACAAACGAACAACGUCCAACCCUAACGGCCAGACAUCCUUUACACUUACGCUCAAUGUUGGCAAGGCCAGACUAGCGGUUUUUCCUGUGAGUGAGAGUUCCUCUCCAAGUGGAAGUUCCAGGGAUUGUAGCUCGUGUUCUGAAGAAGUAUUAGGAGAAAUAGCAGCUGAGUUCAAUGACAUUACAUUCUUUAUAGCAGCUUGUUACAAAAGUCAAGUGGAUCUGAGCUACCUGUGCCUUCAAUCUCAAAAAGUCGCUUUCCAGCAUGCGCCAGUGGUGCCACAGGGUGCCCACGUGUCCAUGGAGUCCGCCUUCAGUGGAGCCGAGCUCCAGUCCACCCUCUACCACACUGAACCGGGUGUAAGACAAGUUGACGGGAAGACCGGUGAACCGAUGUUUGCCUUUGCUAUUAAAGUUUCAGGGGAUACGUCGAAAAAUAGUAAGGAAAUUCUGUUUUCGCUGGGACUUCGCAGAAGCACUCUUCGCCACAGGAUGCUUGCUUCUAGACAGAUGUGGCUUACUCAGGUGGGAGAUUUCUUUGACGUCAAGGAUGACCCGGUUCUUGGUUUCAGUCCUCCAGCGGUCGUGACAGUAUUCCACACACAUGUGUGGGAAGGAACCAUUGACUAUAGGCCAAUCCACCUUCCUUUACGUGUUCUUGUUACCAUGGGAACGUUCAGUGUGUCAAGUAACAUCACGAUUGAGUCUAAUGUCUCUUUGCUGAGAUUUAUCAUCGAUGAUGCGGCGUUGUAUCUCUCGGACAAAUGCAGUGGUUCUGCAAAUAUCAGAAAUUAUGUAUGUGUUUUAGAUCUUGGGAUGUUUGAGCUGUCCCUUUUCACGUGUGACGGCAGUGAACAGGGUCAUCCCCAGGUGGAACUGCGCAUGUCUAACAACACUGUCAAUGUGAGGACGUGUUCGGACUCGUGCUCCGCUCUGCUGCAGCUGAUUCAGUACAUUGCGGCAGACGGGGAUCUGGUGCCUAGCUACGAACCGGAAGAACCAGCUGCCACAAAAGCACCCUCGACUCCUAGCCGCUGUCCAGCUGAUCCACCGCUCAAGCAGGGGUCCGUAGAUGAGGGUGAGCUGAGUAGUAUCAUGACAGAGGCCAUGGUAGAUACGCACUCUAUGGAAGGGCCCUCUCACGAUAAGAACGUCAGAGGAGAUUUGAACCCUCAACUGUCCAGAUCACCGAGAAGAGAUCUGUUCCUGUUCCCUGACGAUGAGUUGGCUAGUCCAGUAGAGGAGCAUUUCCCCCCUGAAGAUACAGGCGUGGAGUUGGCAAAUCCGGGGGAGUCUGACGAAGAGGACAGUGAUGACGAUUUUUGUAUCCUGGAACAUCCCGAUAAAGAACCCGAGGGUUUGAGCCAUGAAGUAAUCAUCAAAUGCCUCACAGAUGAACAAGUCAACAUUGUCGAGAAUCAUUUUACCGUUCCAAUUGGUCCAAGUGAUCAACUUGGCGCCCCUAGUCAUUUUCCGCCAGCGGUGUUCUGCUACACAUUGAAGGAGAUGUCUGUAGUCUGGCACUUGUUUGGUGGGAAGGAUUUUGGUGGCUCAUCGUCACGUGACCAAAAGAAAAAAAUAAGCUUUGCACUGGAUGAAAAAGGCAAGCCUGUUGAGAGUUCUUUUGUUAAAAGGCCCACUGUACUGUUCAGUAAAAAAACUGCAACAUCAACUAACGCCGUGAAAAAACAUAGCGGCGGACCUAACAGGAAUAACCAUGUACUGAUGGAGUUUCACUUGAACAAGAUUCGUCUACAGUAUGAGCAGUACCCAGAACACACGGAGCAGGCGUCGCGGCUGGUGGUGCUCGUACAGGAUAUAGAGAUAAGGGACCGCUUAGCACAUUCACAGAUAAACAAGUUCUUGUACCAGUACACGUCCGAAGCCUGUCCAAAACAGUCCCAUGCUAACAUGGUCCUGCUCAAGAUGUUGUACAUUCGGCCUGAUCCUGGUCUUACAGCACAGGAGUGUAAUCUGAGAGUGUCCAUACAGCCACUGAGGCUCAAUGUUGAUCAGGAUGCCUUGUUUUUCUUGAGGAAUUUCUUUUCGGAGAUCAUGGGCGAAGCUGCUAAAAACCCCAAAGGAUCAAGCUCAGUGGAUUCCAGUCCCGUUAAACCGCCGCCAGCUUCUGAUUGGUUAACAGAGUUAUCUGACGCUGAGGAGACCCUGGUGAACUCGGCCAGUGAGUCCGAGGCAGAUACUCCUCAACCAGCGCCCACGUUUUUCAGGUCCUUUAUAUUCUCUCCCGAGGUUCCCAUUAGGCUGGACUAUCAUGGCAAGAGAGUCGACAUGGAACAGGGAACCCUUGCUGGUCUACUAAUCGGUCUUGCCCAGCUCAACUGCUCCGAACUUCGUCUAAAGCGUCUGUGCUGUCGUAGCGGCUUACUUGGAAUAGACAGGGUCAUAAGCUACGCUCUGUCCGAAUGGCUGGCGGACAUCAGAGGCACACAGCUGUCCAGGAUACUAGGAGGGGUCGGACCCGUGCACUCGUUUCUACAGUUGUUCCAGGGACUCGUGGACCUAGUGUGGCUGCCUAUAGACCAGUAUCGGCGGGAUGGGCGUGUCAUGAGGGGGCUCCAGAGGGGUGCCAACUCAUUCACCACUUCAUCGGCCAUGGCCUUCCUUGAACUCACCAACAGAGUUGUGCAGUUGAUACAGGCUGCGGCAGAAACAGCCUAUGAUGUAGUGAGUCCAGACUCCCCAGUCAAACGCGGUCAGAAUCGCUUGGCACAGCAGCCGUUUGACUUGCGUGAAGGUGUUUCUAAUGCGUACCAAGUCUUUAGAGAGGGACUGGGUCAAACAGCUACAAACAUUGUUCAAGUCGCUAAAGAUGAACACGAACAGAAGGGCGUGACAGGGGCUGUGGGAGGUGUCCUGCGUCAGGUCCCCGCCACCGUGGUCCAGCCCCUUAUCCUGGCUACAGAGGCUACGUCCAAUGUCCUGGGAGGGGUCCGUAAUCAAAUCUUACCCGAUGCGCGGCGAGAGGCCGCGGACAAGUGGCGAUCUAAUCCUUGAUGGGGUCAAAAGAUUGUCAAUACUACAGACGAAUGAACAGGCGUCGUUUUAUGGAAAGUCGUCGUAAAGUAAAGGGAAUUGAUGCACUAUAGUUAUAAAUUAAAGUAGCGUGAGUUAGCUUGGUGCGUAUUGAAAGAUACAUGACGUUGCGCAGCAACAGCUUGUGACGCUACACAAUAAUCAUCUCCUUGACAACCAUGGUUACUACUUGAAAGUGGGUUUUGUAGUGUAUAUACUACUGCGUCUUUUAAUGACACGCGAACUCUGAAGUUCAAAACCUUACUAAAAGUUACGUUUUUGGCCGCCGCCAAUCAUUAGUGGGCUUAAGCAUACCACGACGACCACGCCAACGAGAACGUCACCAAACAAAAGGUUUAAUAAGAACAAUGGCUUCUCACUUGCGUUAAAAGUCUGUACAUGUUUUAGCCGUCCUCUGCAAAACAAGAAUAUAAAAUGACCAAGUUCUGCGAAGUCUGAGGAACGCGAACGACGACGGUCGCUGUCAUUGCAUAUUUAGGAGUAGGCGCACUAAAUAGAUCUAGACAAUUGCGCAAUUCGAAAGUAUAAUAGAAAUUCAUUUCUGUCUAGGCGUCGUCCUCGGCGUCGUCGUUGCCGUCGUAGCCGUCGUCGUCGUCGUUGCUUAAGCUCUCCAUUAUUACGACGACAACCAACGAAAAUGGGUCGAAAUCUACCAAUCACAUCCCACUGGCGUGAAAUUUUAACCCGUAGAAGUAAACUUCUGUUCCCUGAGAGGCCCGAUGAGAUGGUCAAUGGUAGAGAAACACGGAAUCGUUGAUUAAACAGAAUGCACGUGUUAUUGAAAGGCGCGGUGAAACGCCUAGUCUGUUUAUAUCGGGACGCCCACGGUUGACAUACGUUUAAGAUAGUAGUCUUCUAGAUAUGUAGUAUUUCAGAUUGAAAUUAACUUAGAAAAUCGUUUUUAGACGUUUUCAAUCCCGCCAAUACCUUGCUAAAUUGAAAUUCUCUGAAAUUUGCACUUCCCAAGCUUGGUUCUGCGCAAAAGUACCGGCCAGUGAUCACCGCGUUGUAAUAAUUGUUUAUAAUUUAACCAGUCUGUGAUGCUUACAUGAGGUCAUAGUGACACGUGUUCUGCUUAGCAGCUUUUCCAUCUGAACCUGGGGCACAUUCUGAUUCGUCAAUCCUCAGCUUGAAUCUACACAGCCUCUCUUUUUGCUCUAAAAUCCACGGAAGAAUGUAAAAACCGAACGAACGAGCACGAUUUCCAAGAGCAGCGAGUAGUUGGUGCCCGUUCACUGAUAUUUAUCAUUGUUUUUUUUGGCGUUCUCUCCCCUCCCACCGGCCCCGCGCGCAGAUGUUAGAGCAAAAGGCGAGACUGCUGGCAGUCUAUUUAAAUCAGGCAAAUGGCCAUUUUGAAAUUGCUUUAUAGGCGCAUGUAUUAGUGCAUUUCUGUAUCAGACUUUGCCAUUUUGUAGCUAGUAUAGAAAGUGAAGCCGGCAAACAGAAAAACCGGCAAAUAGGGUGUUCACAGUGUACGUAGAGGCUUCGCUGGUGAAUUAUUUAUUUCUCUUUUUCCAGCUUUUAUUAGAUCAAGAUGUAGCAAUACAAAUAUAAUGUAGAAGUAAGUCCAUGUGGCCGCCGAAGCUUCCGUGUAAAGAAAUUGUACAGAAUUUUUUUUUUUUUAAUCGUGAGAAUAUUUUUAAUGUGUACAUUAAGAAAGACCGCGUAAAGGGAGAGAGAAAGAAUGUUUUAUCGUCAGUGCGGUGGAAGAAAAGCUGUUAAAGGGUAUAUUAUGUCGCGUACUUCCUCUGCAGCUGGCGUGGAAGAAAUCCUGAUUUUGUCGUUGAGAAUUUAAUAAAUUUUUCAAUUUCUAGUUUCUUUGUAUUCGUGUUGCAGCGUUUGCCUUUCGGUCGUAAGAUUAAAACGUUAAUUCUUCUUA